AUGAUGCAUGCAUUGGGUGACCUUUUCAAACCCGAAGAAAAGGAAAUUAAAAUGGAUAGAGAUAAGUGUAGUGGAGCUUGCGUUGCAAUUUGGACAUGGAAAACAAUUGUUAGAUUAAUAUGUUUGAUUGCAGGUGGUGUUCAAGUAUUUAUGGGUGGAUAUAUUUUUUACUCAAUUAGUUUUACAAAAGAUCAUUCAGUUCAAAACUAUUUAUCAUUAUCAGUUGUUGGUUUUUAUGCAUGUUUAACUGGUUUAUUAAUUCUUUUUGCAGAAACAAGAACAAGAUGGACUAGAAGAGCUGUAAAAGUAUUUGUUUUCCUUUGUAAUGGUUUAUCAAGAGGUAUAAUUUAUAUUCUAAUUGGAGCUAUUGAUCAAUCACCAAUACCAUUUAAAUUUUUAAAUAUUAUAACUUCAAUGCAUAUUGGUUUAGUUUGUAUAGCAGGUGGUGUUGUAUCAAUUAUUGAAUUUUUAAUUACAUAUAGAAGAAAUAGAGCAAGAUUGAAUCAAGCAAUUGCAAAUCAUCAACAACAAGCUAAAGGUACUGAAUUGUAUGACCUAUUUGAAAGAGAAGAUUUCAAUAAUCCUGAAGAUGCAGCUGCUUAUGAUUUGGAAAAGGGUAAAGAUCCAAAUUAUAUUCAUCAAGAUUUAGAAAUGCAACCAGUUCAAGAAGCCUAA